UUGUAUCUGAGCACGACGCAGACUCUUCCACUGCGCCUGCCCGCGGUCCACCAGGGACUGUGCAGGGAUCUCCCUGUUUAUUCAGAGGCCAGGAGAGAUCAUCCCGUCUUUCUCGUCGGUGCCCAACAGACGGCAGAGCUGCAGUUCAGAGGGUAGCUUAGCUGUGCUGUUUUUUACGUCGCUGAGACGCCAGCAAUGAGGGUGAAUGCAAAAAUAAAAUAGGCAGAAUUUCAAACACCCUACAAGCACUAGGGUGAAAAGGAAAGGAUAUAGCAUUCAAGCGACCGAGUCAACGCGCGUCCCUUCUUCUAUUCAGUUUGGCUUUCUACUGAGAAGGAGCGACAGAUUCCCCUGCAAACAUGGGUAACCAGGGGAUGGAGGACCUGAUUCCUCUUGUCAACAAAAUGCAAGAUGCAUUCUCGGCCAUCGGACAAAAUGCCAAUCUGGACCUACCCCAGAUUGCUGUGGUGGGCGGUCAGAGUGCAGGGAAAAGCUCGGUGCUGGAGAACUUCGUGGGCAAGGACUUCCUCCCCCGUGGAUCUGGCAUCGUCACCCGCCGGCCCCUGGUCCUGCAGCUCAUCAACUGCCCCGCAGAGUAUGCGGAGUUUCUUCACUGCAAAGGGAAGAAGUUCACAGACUUUGUUGAGGUGCGACAAGAGAUCGAGGCGGAGACAGACCGUGUCACUGGGCAAAAUAAGGGCAUUUCUCCCGUGCCCAUCAACCUACGAGUCUACUCCCCCAAUGUAUUGAACCUGACUCUGGUGGACCUGCCGGGGAUGACCAAGGUGCCGGUGGGGGACCAGCCGUCGGACAUCGAGCAGCAGAUCAAGGAAAUGCUGAUGCAGUUCGUCACCAAGGAUAACUGCCUGAUCCUCGCCGUCUCUCCAGCCAAUGCGGAUCUGGCCAACUCGGACGCCCUCAAGAUCGCCAAAGAGGUCGACCCACAGGGUCAGAGGACCAUUGGAGUGAUCACUAAGUUGGACCUGAUGGAUGAAGGAACUGACGCUCGAGAGAUCCUGGAGAACAAGUUGCUACCGUUGCGAAGAGGUUACAUUGGCGUGGUGAACCGCAGUCAGGCCGACAUCGAUGGCAAGAAGGACAUCCAUGCUGCCAUGGCAGCCGAGAAGAAGUUCUUCAUGUCGCACCCCGGAUACAGGCACUUGGCCGACCGCAUGGGGACCCCGUACCUGCAGAAAGCCCUCAACCAGCAACUGACCAAUCACAUCCGCGACACCCUGCCUGCUCUACGGUCCAAGCUGCAGAGUCAACUGCUGUCCAUUGAGAAGGAGGUGGAGGAGUACAAGCACUACAGGCCAGAUGACCCCUCACGCAAGACCAAAGCCCUGCUCCAGAUGGUGCAGCAGUUCUCAGUGGACUUUGAGAAGCGUAUCGAGGGCUCAGGGGAUCAGAUCGACACCGCCGAGCUCUCGGGAGGUGCCAGGAUCAACCGCAUCUUCCACGAGCGCUUCCCCUUCGAGCUUGUAAAGAUGGAGUUUGAUGAGAAGGAGCUUCGUAAGGAAAUCAGCUAUGCCAUCAAGAACAUCCAUGGCAUCAGGACCGGUCUCUUUACCCCAGAUCUGGCCUUUGAGGCCAUAGUGAAAAAGCAGAUCCAAAAGCUUCAGGUGCCCGUGCUUAAGUGCAUAGAUAUGGUGGUGAGCGAGCUAACGUCCACCAUACGAAAGUGUAGCGAGAAGCUUGCUCAGUACCCCAUGUUAAGGGAGGAGAUGGAGAGGAUUGUCACCCAGCACAUCAGAGAUCGCGAGAGCCGCACCAAAGAACAGGUGCUGCUGCUGAUUGACGUUGAGCUUUCCUACAUGAACACCAACCAUGAGGACUUCAUUGGGUUCGCCAAUGCACAGCAGAGAAGCGCUCAAAAGGUCGGAGGAGGGAAGAAAGCUACUGGAAAUCAGCAAGAUGAGAUAAUGGUGAUCAGGAAGGGUUGGCUCACCAUUAACAACAUCGGCAUCAUGAAGGGCGGAGCCAAAGAGUACUGGUUCGUAAUGACAGCCGAGUCCCUGUCCUGGUACAAGGAUGAUGAGGAGAAAGAAAAGAAGUACAUGCUCCAGGUGGACAACCUGAAGCUGCGCGAUGUGGAUGCUGGAUUCAUGUCCAGAAAGCACAUCUUUGCCCUCUUCAACACUGAGCAGAGGAAUGUGUAUAAGGACUACCGGCAGCUGGAGCUGGCCUGUGAGACACAGGAGGACCUGGAUGGCUGGAAGGCAUCAUUCCUGCGCGCCGGCGUCUACCCAGAGCGUGCCGCUGACAAAGAAGGAAAGAGUGACACCUCGGAUGAGAAUGGCUCAGACAGCUUCAUGAACUCCAUGGACCCCCAGCUGGAGCGCCAGGUGGAGACCAUCCGCAGCCUGGUGGACUCCUACAUGGGCAUCGUCAACAAGACCGUCCGGGACCUCAUCCCCAAGACCAUCAUGCACCUGAUGGUCAACAACACUAAGGAGUACAUUAAUGCGGAGCUGCUGGCGCAGCUGUACUCGUGCGGGGACCAGAACUCCCUGAUGGAGGAGUCCCAGGAGCAGGCCCAGCACCGCGACGAGAUGCUGCGCAUGUACUACGCCCUGCGCGAGGCGCUCAACAUCAUCGGCGACAUCAGCACCACCACCAUCACCACCGCCAUGCCCCCGCCCGUCGACGACUCCUGGCUGCAGGUGCAGAGAGGAGGAUCCGGGGGCAGGUCCCCUGCCACAAGCCCCACUCCUCAGAGACGAGGGCCCCCUCCAGGUCCCCCAGCACGUCCAGGCUCGCGGGGCUCUGCGCCGGGACCCCCCCCCGGAGGCCCCCCCGUCCCCUCGCGCCCGGGGGCCUCACCUGACCCGGGACCCCCACAGGUGCCCUCGCGCCCCAACCGUGCACCCCCCGGCGUGCCCAGCCGCAGGCCGCCGCCCUCUCCCUCCAGACCCCACAGAGCCUCAGACUCCUCCUUCUUAGACUAUUAGCCCCUCCCACCGCCAUGGCCUACAGCAGGAGCACAGCUGCCUGCCCAAUCAAAACAGCUUACCUCUCCCAGCCACUCCCACAAGACCCACCCCUCAGUGUCUUCACACUCUUUUGCCUCGGAAAAACAUGUGCACACACACACACACACACACACACACACACACACACACACACACACGCACACACACGCACACACAUGGAGUGUGCAUGGAAAGAAGAAAAGGUUUGGGUAUCCUGUGCUUUCAGUAGUUAGAGGUUUUACUUUUUUUUUUUUUUAAAUUUGUUUUGUUUAUAUCUCUUUUUUUGCUCUCUUCUUCCCAUGAGCUGAAUGAAAGAAUGCUUUCUUCUUCCAAAUCAUCUUCUUCCUUUCUUCUUCUUCUGUUUCUCGUUUCUGGUGUUUGGAAGUAGUGGGUUUGGCCCACGUGCUAAUGCUCGCGUUCUUGCCUGGGUCCGAUGCGUUAUCUCUGUCGCACAGCGACUUUCUGGACGGCUGCCCUGCCCGGGGCGGACUUGGGCCGCAUGUGGGCCGCAUCCGCCCCAGCCGGCGCCAGCCUGAGGGUUUUGGGAUAACUGCAUCUCCUGAAGUGUGCUGUUUUUUUUUCUGUGUUUGUUUGUUUGUUUAUAUCAAUGUGCCAUUUUUAAGUGUUCUCACGUCCUUGUCCGUUUUCUCCCUCUGCUGAGCUCUCACAGAUUUCUGAGGUGUCAGGACAGCCGCCACCGUGUUUUGUAAUUGGCUUUCACUAUCUGGCAAUCGAUACAUCACCGUCAAGGGUGCAGAAGAAAAUCUACUUACUAGCAGUAUGUAACUGCACAAAUGGUUUCCUGUGACAAGCUGCUGAGCAGGAAACAGCUGUGGCAGUUCCUUCUGAUCCUGACAUCUCAGAGAUCCGAAUGUUCUACUCUUUCACACUCUCAUCUGUCCAUUCUGCACUCCUUUUUUCCUUUAUCCCUCCUUUCUUUGUCUUUUUUUCUCCCCCAAUGUUUAUGUUCUAAUUUUAUUUAUUGUUUAUAUUGGUCAGCCGCCCCAGCAAGGGAAGCCCCUCUCGCCCCGAGAGCCCCCUGCCUCCGUUCGACUCUUGAUUUUCUUUCCCUUAUUCCUUCUUUUUCUUUUUUCCUCCUUCUAUUCCUCUCUUCCCUCUCUUCUGUGCUCUUCACAGCGGAAAAUGAGAGACUUGCAUCAAACUCCAGAAAAUACAACCACCCCCCCCCCCCACACACCCUCCAAAAAAAAGAAAGAAAACAAAACAGAACCCCCACCCCCACCAGCACAACCAACCAGCCUCUCACACAUAGAGAGAAAGAAAGGACUGAAUAGAAUUAAAGAAGAGAGAGGAGACUCCUCGGGGCCAACCCUCAUGUGACGUUCUCCACGCACCCAUGUCUAAUGACUAAGAGUAAAAGAUGAUUAUGAUGAUGAUGAUGAAGGGGAAUGGAGGAGGAGGAGGAGGAGAAGGUUGGCAGUGCUGACAGAACCCCUGCUGCACCUCAGGUUGAUUUUCCAGAAGGUUCCAUCUGCUCCUUGGCUACCCAACUCCCUCUGAUCUUCCCCUCACUCCCCAUUGGCUCUCUAGGUGUUCUCUCUGACACUGUGAUGACCCCCCCCCCCCCCCCCCCCAUGUUAGUGAUACAGCAGUAAGCACCCAAUAUGCAUUUCAGCCCAGUGCUCGCACACCCUAGUGAUCUGUGCUUGUCAGGUCUAGAGCUGUCUUCGCCUCUUGUUUCCUAAAUUUGGCAUGCAAUGUCCCAAUCCCAAUCCUAGGGUUAGGUCUAGAUCUGUCUCUGACUCUUCUACCCAAGAUUUGAAAUGCUAUGUCCCAAUCCCCCUCCUACCCCUGGGUAAAGGUUAUAUCUAGACCCGUCUCUGCUUCUUGUUCCCUAAAUUUGACAUGCUAAGUCCCAAAUCCCAAUCCCCCUCCUAGGGUUAGGUCUAGAUCUAUCUCUACCUCUUGUUCCCUAGAAUUGGCAAGCUGUGUCCCAAUCCCUUUUAGUGCGCUCUAGUUCAGACCAAGGCUACUGAUUAAGUGCUCAUCCGACCCAGGUGACUUGUGUGUUCACCUCUGCUCCUAUCUCUUCAAACACCAUAUCUACAUGUAGCAUAAAACAGUUCACUUAGUGAGGCGGGAUCUACUUAGAAUGUGCAAUAUUUAUCUCUAGUGGACAGGUUGUCUUUAAGACCUGUGCACGACACUCAUACACCAGACACAUUUUAGAUGACCUGAACUGAGUAGAGUUCAACACACUAGUCAUCAGCGGACUCCUAGGGCACACUGACACAUUGAGAGGAGAAAGUUGCUAAUACGUAGAUUGUGUCUGCUGGUGAAUUUUAGAAUAGAUUAAUAAAAAAAAAACUUCUAAAAAAAAACUACUCUGCUUGUGAGUAAUGUUGACUAAUGAAAUCAGGGGUUUAGAGUAAAACGACAAAACUCUUCUGGCUCAUGUCAUGCACAACCCCUCCUCUGUAUCGUUUGUUCUGUUGAUCUGAAAUACAUGAGACCUCCCCCAUGGGCAUCUAUGUCUUCUGUGGUUUUGCUGUGGUAGAUUCUGUAAUUGUUUCUGUUUAGCAUGGCACUAACCCCCCCCCCAUACGGCCCUAACCAAAACCUAGUGCAGGGCACUCUACUUGUGCGUCCCUCCUCUUCUCCUUGAAGUCCAUCCCAAGAGACUACCUUUGACCCUGAUGUCUGUGCUGCCCCAAACCCCAAGUCUCAGCAAUUGCAACUAGUAAAAGAAAUGAUUUUAAGAGUAAAAUAGUGUAUAAUGGACAUAUCUUAAAUGUUACUUACGUAUGUUUAUGGUGCACCUGUGGUGGGAUCUGUACUUCCACUGUUUAGACACUAGUUGAAAUGUAAGAUUAAUGAAUAUUCAGCUGUUGAGUUUAUGAGUAACUAUGACUUGAAAUUACUGAUAUUUAAACAUGAAACAUCUAAUCUGAAAAGGGAAAAAUAAUUGUGACGUGAUAAAAUAAUUUUUAAAAAAUUGUGUUUUUUUCCGGUCAGUUGUGUAGUUGGCAGUGACUGAUUGAGUGUGACAUGCAGGUGAUUCACCCUGAUCAUGACUGAAGACAGUUGAACGAGUGUGUGCGUGUACUGUAUGUGUGUGUGCGUGUAAAUACUCUGUCCUGCUGUGAUACGUCCUGUGUUUCACCGCUGUGGGUUGAGCGAGUUUCUCAAGCAGGACUGCCUGUGCUUUGUGGAGAAAUUAAAAUAUGUGUUCCAAAACCAAA